AUGGUAUCUGAAUCAUUUAAAGUCAUUGUCGUCGGCGGUGGCCCAGUGGGUCUAACCGCCGCCCACGCCCUUCAUCACGCAGGCAUUGACUUUAUAAUCCUUGAAUCCAGGAGCUCUACGGUUCUAGAUCAAGGUGCCAGCCUUGUUUUAUCUUCGCCGAGUCUCAGAAUCAUGCAUCAGUUGGGAGUUCUGGAACGACUGUUGAAGAUAGGAGGAGAGCUUCAGCACACCCAGUCUAUGACACGAGAUGCAUAUCAAUUUGCUAGCUCUCAAGAAAUCUUUCAAGUCUUAGAAAAGAAUCACGGAACUGCGCCAGUCGCAUUUCAUCGCGCCCAACUCAUUGAAGCUCUGUUCGAGAGCUUGCCCGCAGUGGCGAAGGAUCGUUACCUUCUGAAUAAGAAGGUAGAUUCUAUUGAAUCCGAUGAGACUGGAGUGCGUGUCACUUGCACCGAUGGAAGCACUUACGACGGAUCUAUUGUCAUUGGGGCAGAUGGCGUACACAGCAAAUCUCGUCGGAUAAUGCGCGAACAAGCCCUGGAAGACUCUCAGCGUGAUUGGGAUGCGGCCGUCCCCUUCCCGGCUCUCUACAAAUGCAUGCGGUGCAGCUUCCCUCGGGUCGGCGACUGUGGACAAUCUACUGAUACACAGUCCCAGAAUAUGUCAACCAUGUUCCUAGCCGGCCGGGAGCUGGGGUGGAUCUUUCUUUACGAGAGACUGUCUGAGCCGACGACGUCGCGCGUGGACUAUUCCGAGGAAGAUAGACAAGCCUUUGCAGCUAAAUUUGCUGAUUUUCCGGUAACCGACAAAUUAAAGGUUUAUGACGUGUACGAUUCUCGUCUGAACGAUGGGAUGGCAAAUUUGGAGGAAGGCAUCCUGAAGCAUUGGAGUUGGGGGCGAAUUGUUUUGGCUGGAGAUGCUUGUCAUAAAUUUACGCCUAACGCGGGACGCGGCCUUAACAAUGGGAUCCAGGAUGUGGUGGCUUUGUGCAACGGACUUCAUCAGAUACUGGAAACGAGGUCUGAGACCGAUUUGCCGGAUGUAGUCACUCUGGGUAAGAUGUUCGCAGACUACCAGCAGACCCGAUCAGCUCCGGUGAAGUCCGACGGGAACCAGUCCCUUUACGUUUCCUGCAUGCAAGCCUGGGCAAAUUGGUUUUCUUACUUUAUGAGUCGAUAUGUUAUGUCGUACGAUUGGGUGUUAACCUCGAUGGUGAACUCGCUUGCCGCCAACAGGAUUCGGAAAGCGUUGGUAUUGAAUUAUAUUCAUGUUGACGAACCGUUCUUGGCAUCAGUUGAGUGGGAACAUCCAUUGCGAGAGAAUGCAAUUGACUAG